UUUGAUUUGUGUGUUUUUUGGCAUAUUUCCAGGGAUAUUUUCGGAAAGGAUGCAUAUUAGAGGCCAUGGAACGAUAUGAUGAUGCUUUAGCUGCCUUCCAAAUGGCUUUGCAAUACAACCCACAAAGUGCAGAAGUAUCAAGAAAAAUUAAGAGGCUUUCCCAGCUUGCAAAAGAUAAAAAGCGAGCUCAAGAAGUGCAAAACUUGCGAUCCAAUGUAGAUAUGGCAAAAAGCUUGGAGACACUGAAAUCUGAAAUGUCUGAAAAGUAUGGAGCUGAAAAUUGCUGGAAAGACAUGUUUCUUUUCCUUGUUGAGACAAUGGAAGCAGCUGUAAAAUCAUGGCAUGAGACUUCAAAAGUGGAUCCUAGAGUCUACUUCCUUCUUGAUAAGGAGAAGACCCAGACUGAUAAAUAUGCUCCGGUUGUCAACAUUGAUAAGGCAUUUGAAUCACCCCACACACACAGCAGUUGUUUUUCAUUUCUUAGGCAAUAUGCUGAGGAUUCGUUCUCUGGAGCGGCUUGCUUAGUUGCACCCAAAAGUAUCAUAGCUUAUCCACAGGUUUGGAAAGGUCAAGGGUCAAGGAAGUGGAGACAUGGGCAACAUGAUGGUUUCUUUGUACAAUUUGAGUCACCACUCUUGCGAAAACUAUGGUUUAUUUCAAGUGCCAAUGAGAUGGGGCAGACAUUGUGCAGGGCUCCAGACGUUCUGGAUAUAGGUGCACAUGAACUGCUUCCACGCCUCUUCAAAGAAAAGCUGUCCAAUUCUUCAUGAGCUUUCUUUUGGGCUGAAGGAAAUAGCUAAGGCAAUCUGGUGGACUUGAUUCGAAGGUUCUCAUAUUCAGAAAAGAACAGACAACAUAGUGUGCUUUUUUGUUGCUUUGAGCUGGAUACAAAUUCCUUUUUAGAUGUGAAAGUUUGCAGCAAGGUGCUUUUCUAAGUCACAUACAUGUUCUUGAUUUUGAAAAUUUUCUAAAGAAGUUUACAGGCAUCUUUGAGUCAUACUGCAUUUUGUUGGUGUUUAUUGAAAUUGCUUUCUUGCACUUGGUGAUUCAAGUGUUUCAGCUCUUGUGUGGGUUUAUGCUUUAUUUUUGUUCCAUUCUUACGUUAUAUGUUGGAAGAGCAUCAAAGCUACUUGGUGUAGAACUUACUACUUUGUGUUGUAAUUAUAUGUAGAAAGUGAUUCAAGAAGGGCCGUUGUAGUUUUGACUCAUUUCCUAUUGAUUUAUGCAUCAAUUUUUUAUUAGCCA